AUGUCUCUCCCUCCGGGUACGGACAUAGAUAUCCGCCUUGGUCACUCACGUAGGAGAUCAACCCAACUACCUCCUUCACAACAUGACCAUGUCCACAGACGCCUUCCACGGCUCUUCAGUGGACAUAUACCGGGCAGUAACGAAGAUGGCGGAGACGAAUCUUCAGACGAUGGAUCGCAAAGCGAGGCUAUUGAGCUGAGAGACAACUUCCUCGGCAGAGUUCAUAGUUACUCGAAGCUUAUGCAUAACCACACCAGGCUUCAACUCGAGUCACCGACAGGAGGAACGCUCCCCAGUUAUACGAAGACGAUGCAUGCUUUCACCCUCAACCAGCUCAAUCACCACAGAGUGACAACGACAACGAAAAGCUUGACCGCAAGUCCUUGGUUGGGAAGCGAAAGCAGGCAAUCUGCGUUACCCAGCAAUGUUUGUCUGUGUUUGAGUAAGCUCAGCCUGGGUGAAGUUCCACGCGGUCCAUCAAACACGCCGGAGCACGGGCUAAAGAGUUUCGAGGGCCUUAUGGUGAACAGGCGGAGCGUGACUGAACCGGCACCGAGAGGGUUCGCUGUAGUUGUACAGACUCGUGAUUUUGCGCUGGUAUGA